AUGAAUGGAAAUGUGUUGAAGACAUUUAAUGCAACUGGGGACAAAUGGAUGGUUGAAGUUCUACCUCUGAUAGUUGAUCAGCCUGUUUCCAUUCAGUUUGUGAUGAGAAGCUCGAUUGUAGACAUUUCAUCUAGGGUUGAAGCUGCACUGGAUGAUAUACAGUUCAUUCCAUGCACAUGGUGUACAUUUGAAUUUGGUUUAUGUCAAUGGACAUCAGUUCCUGUAGUUUCAACCAGCAGCAUGACUACAUGGACACACCAGUCUUCUAUGUCUAACUCACCAAAUCGAGAUAUGACACUCCACAGAAAAGGAGCUGGUCAUUACGUGUAUGUUGAAGACAGAAGUUCAACAUUCAAAACUGCAAUAUUGAGAGGCCAAGAAUUCUCAUAUGAUGAUGAUAUCUGCUCUUUGUCGUUUUGGUACUUUGGGUCUACAUUGUCUGUUGGAAGUCUGAGAGUGAAUGCAGUGUUAUCUAAUGGAAGUGUCAUACAAAGACGUGAUAUAGUUGCUGAAGGAGGCAAAUGGGAUUGGAUUGAAUUCAGUGUGUUUUUGUGGGUCAAAGAAAUGAAGCAAAACAAUAUUACAAUGCACGUGGAAUUUAGUGCAGAAGUGGGAAACGGAAAAUAUUUUGCACUGGAUGAUAUAAAGUAUCUUCAGUGUGCAGAUGCUGAGAAAUGUACAUUUGCUAUGGACAAAUGCUUCUGGAAUAACAUCUAUAACAGCAAGUUGCAGUGGCAAGUCAAACAAUUUUCAAACACGCCGUUCCACAACGCUUUAGUUGCAAACAUUUCAGACCCAGUGUUUAUUGCUGCAUCUAUUGGAAAAGUUAGCGCCAGCUUUGAGGGACCAAUCACAUACAACAGUGAACACCUUUGUUUUAUACGAAUCUCAUACUCAUUUGCACCAUCACAGUCUGCUUUGAAGCUACGGUUCUGGAACAAUUCAAAAUUAGUGCCAAUUUCUGUUCAACCGAGUUUGAGUAAAUUGUCAGUCGAAUAUUUUGUUCAAUAUGGUUUUCGAGUUACAUUACUCUUGAAGCUCAAUGGACCAAAGAUGUUGGAUCAUUUAUUGUAUACAGUUUGCAGUAUCUUCGUUGCCAUUAUUUAUCAUUUGAGAGCAUGUCAAAGUGGCAUGAUGUGUCACCAUCACAACACUCUAAUUGGUCAAUCAUUCAUGUUUCUGAAAACAACACGUCGUUGAUGCCACCAGUUGAUCACACAUAUGGAGAACACCAAGCAGGGACUUAUGCUCUUGCCACAGGAGUAUCAGGUUUUGAUGCUGUUGGAACUGUUGGCACUAUGUUAUGGUCAAAUGUAUGUGGACUACGUUUCUGGUAUUUUGUGUCUGAGGGUGUUGCUCGGUUGGAGUUUCAUGUUUAUAAUACGUCUGGGGUGCUUGUUACUACUUUCGAUGAAAAAGUCAGUGGAGUGACGGAACGAUGGCUGUUUGCAGAAAUGGCUGUUGGAUAUGAUUUGUUUGGAUCAGAGAUUGAAGUAGUGGCAUCUUCUGCAAAUGGGAAUUCAUUCUCAGUUGCCGUAGAUGAUAUAGAAUUUACUGAAUGUGCUGAUUUUCUUUCCUGUUCAUUUGAAAGAGAUCUCUGCUUUUGGAGUAAUGCUGAUGAUUUCUCUACUGCUUUAGCUUAGACUCGCUGGCGUGGACCGUCUCCAAUUG